AUGGGUUUCGAACCGAAUGCCGUAGCCGAGGCCACUGGUUUUGACAGUGGUCUUCAGGUGUCCAUUGCAAGCCUAUACCCACCUUGCCCUCAACCCGAACUGGCUCUGGGCAUGCACCCUCACUCAGAUCAUGGCUUCUUGGUCCUCCACGUUCAGAUUGAAAUCAGUGGCCUUCAGAUCAGCCACAACGGCAAGUGGGUCAAUGUUAGCCCCUUCCCAACUCCAUCCUCGUCAACAUUGCAGAUCAACUUGAGGCCAACCCCAUCUUCACCCCGAGCCAUUUGUGGUAAGCAAAGUGUCUUGCACAGAGCUGUUGUGAACAAGAAGGAGACGAGGAAAUCUGUGGUGACUGCGAAUGGACCAGAUUUGGAGAAGGUGGUAGAACCAAUGCCAGAGUUGAUGAAGACGGAAGAAGCAGUGUUCAGAGGGAUGAAGUUCAACGAGUACUACGAGCUUCAGCAGAAGAUCCCAUCAAGCCAAGAGAAUGAGUGA